AUACCGCUUCCACAAUGCCGAUUGUUAUGGGCAAGCACGAAUGGGAUCGCAUCCAUGAAUGGACGAAAACAGACCGAGAAGAUCCGGAGAUAGUACGACGGCGUGACUACAUCAAGUACUUGGACACGACCAGUCGUAAAAUGACGAAAAGUUGGCCAAACUCGUUAGAGAAUGUGAACAAACGCAACGAAGAACUGCGUCAAGCCCGCAUUCAAGUCGCAGAGCAAGCCAACACCAAGUUCUACACCAAAUACCUGAGGAAGAAGAAAGAGGAGCAGGAAAGACUCAUGUAUUCCGCUAGAGACGUGGUCUUCAAGAAUAAAGAUGCACCGAAGCAAUUACUUAGUGCAGUAAUAGAGACUGUGAUUCUGAAGGAGCGAGAAGUACAAGUGAAAUUCUUAAAUGCGCGGCGUGAAGAAAUUGCUGCGCAGAAAAAAAAGGACGACGACGAAAUCAUAAGACAGGCCAAGGAGUUUGAGGAACUUCAGGAACUCAGAAAAAGGAGGAGACGAGAAGUGAACUUAAAACAUCAGAAGGAUAUCCUUGACCAGGCCCGCGAAGUUGCAGAACGUAACCGAAUCGAGUACGAGACGGAACUGAAUCUUCAGAAGAUUGACAACAUUAAGGCCAAUGAGCAGAUGGAGGCUAUCAAAGAAUUUGAAGAGAAAUUUAAAUUAGAGGAGAAAGCUCGCAUCUUUCGAGAUAUAGAUCGUUCCCGAAAAGAGACUUUGGCAAGGAGACGCGAGCAAGAGGCCCGGGACAAGAUGGACGAUCGCCUGAUGGAAGUAUUACUCAAGUCUCGCUGUAGAAUCGAGCAGAGACGUAAGAAAACCGAAGCUGACGUGAAAAACGAGAAGCUUCGUGUGUUGGAGCAAAUCAGCCAUCGUUUGGAGUCUGGUGACGCGGCUCGAGAGGCUAAAGAGCAGGCAAUAUUCGAUAAGGCUGUCGCUGAAAAGAACGCUCAAGACCAGGCGCGUCUUGAUGCUCAGCGUAAGAAAGAAGAGAUGUUCCGUCAACAGAAGGUAGAGAGCCGCCAGCAGUUCCUUAGGGAGCAAGAACAGAAGCUGCAUGAGUUCAACACUACGCGCCAGUGGGACAUUAUGAACAGGUUUAAGAACGUUGAAAUAUAUCAGGACUACCAAGAGAAAAUCCGUGAAGAGAAGAAACGUAAGAUAAAAGAGUACAGAGAAGAUAUACUCAGAUUGUGGAAAGAACGUGUGGACCGCGAUGCUAAGGAGCGUGACGAGUCUCGCUACUUCUACGGUGAGCUGGCGGAGAAGAAGUUGAGGGACGCCGACAACAGACUGCUCACACACGCCGAGCACCUGCUGCAGGAGGCCAGGGAACAUGGCCGCCCGGAGUACGCGCUGCAUAAAGCGAUCGAUAAUUACUGCAACCUAUACCGCCUGUACCCGAUGCCGGACCUCCCCAAGUCGCUACAGGAACACAUGCGCGAGUACGCGCCACGCGACGGCUCGCGGCCCGACCCCGGCUACCGCGAGCCGCCGCCGCCGCCGCCCGCGCCGCCAGUAAACCAACCCACUACCUUCACUGCUCAACCUGGGAAGAGGGAUGGCAUGCAGACUGCUACGCCUGCGCCCCCUGCUGCAGAGAAAAAGGAAAAGAAUGAAGAUUACAAGAGAUCUGCGCCGGCUAAUGGUCUCCAGAGGAAGAACAUAGAGGAACCAUUGUCGCUGCCCCCAAUCUCGGUAGUACCAUGCACGACCGAAGCGUGUCGGUGUGAACUGAAACCAAAAACGAAAUGAAACGAUUGUAUUUUACAAAAUAUUUACUUUUAUUAACAUAAUUAUCAAUUUACUUUAGAAUGUGUUUGUCAAGUUAGACCUCCCACACAUUAGUGGCUUGAAACGCGGCUGUGACUCGCAUUACACAUGAAUUUCAAUAUUAAACAGUUGAAUAUUGAGAUUGAAAUAUAUCUGCGUAGUUCCUCCCAGCGACCACGCCGUCGUCCGCGACAAGCCGCGAGUGUGCGCGAGGUCUGUGUAGAGAGCUUGUAUGGCACGAGUGAUGUUAUACAAGUGUGACUAGAUAAUAGGUGGUGUCAAAUUGUAAGUGUAUGUAGUAAAGCUAGUCUCGGUCCUAAACAGUGGGUUUUACUUAAAAUAUAACAAUUUUGAAACUAAUACUAGAACUUAAUUUACCUAAAUCUUUGGUCGCAAUGAGUGUAGACACGUAGUUUUACAAUUUGCAAAAAUAUUUUAAUAUAUAUAUAUUAAUUAAUGAAGAUUCGUGACCUAUAUGUAGUGCUUGUGCUUACACUGUUACAUUUGGCGGGUAAGUCGAACAGAUUUAGUGAUAACAAGAUAUUGUAUAAUUUUGAAUAUGAAUACAAUAAAUAGAUCUAUCAAAGGAGAUUUCUAUAACCAGUCCAAGUUGACUAAAACGCAUUCAUAUAAGAGAAUGUUGAUCUUACCUAUCAAGGUGUAACAGUGGUACGUUUAAACAGUGAAGGUAUAUAAACAAGUGGACCUAACAAUAUCAUGUACUCGCUCUCUCAUACAC